AAGAAAAGACAACGAAUGGCACUUGAUGAGAGGAAUGCAAGCCAACGAGCACAUAGGCAAAGUAUGACAAUAGAUGAGAGGCAAGAAAUAAAUGCACGCCGGCGAGCACGUAGGCAAAGCCUACCACCUGAAGAGCGGCAAGCACUCCUAGCUCAAUGUAAUGCAAGCUACGCAUCUAAACGAGAUGCCCUCUGCAGGGAUUCUGUUGCACUACAGUGCCCUACAGGUUCAUUGAUGGGACAUCCAUCAUCAAGUUCUUAUGUCUUUAGCCACCCAGGAGAUGAUGAUACUACCCAGCACAUGGAACUCACAUCGGUGCAAUGUCCAACAUCUACAUCAGUGGACAAUCCAUCAUCACCCCAUGAUGGUUUCGUAUAUUCAGAUUCCCCAAUAGAAAGCUUUGUCGCCGAUGAUUAUGAUUCUCACAUGUCCGAAGAACAAGAUGAUGAGUACUUUGCAUUUGCUGGGAGAGGUAUUGCCAAUGCCAUGGAUACCUUAUUUCUCUACAUACAAAAAAAGCAAGACCUAUAUAACGCCAUUCAUCUCAUUAUAUGUAGGUGACGAUGAAGACUUUGU